AUGAAUGCCGGUGAGCUGGACCGGCUGCCGAUGGCCGGGGUUUUUCAGUCUAUUAAUGCGUUUACGGUGUCAGAUGAAGGCCGUACUGCCUAUUUCCAUGACCCCCAAUCCGAUCUAGUCUAUGCGGUCAAUCUAGUCAACGGUCAAAGAAAAGCGUUAAAAUGGGAGGAUAGAGACUUCAAACAUCGGCGCUGGCUUUGCUAUACGUUGUUCCACUUUAAUUGCUUACGAGACCAAUAUUUGUCGAUGCUGUUCUACAAUAAACAUAAAAAAGUGUUCUGUCUAAUUCAUUUCCUAAUCGCCGAUGAGCUAUUAAUCAAAAGGCAAACAACAAUGCUGAAUACCUCGGCGAUUACUCAUGAUCGGUUGGCGUAUUCGGUACAGAAAUGCGGGAAAGAGAUUCAAAUGAUUUUCUACGAGCGAUUCUCUCGUGCUCACGCCGAGACAGAUGAAAAUCAGGCGCCUCUCCAUUUUGUUUAUUGUUCGAUGGAUACAGCAACAAUGAGGGUGGCCACAAAAGAGGGAAUGCUGCCAAAUGGGCAAUGGGAGUUGCCGUUUAUUACGAAUCGGAAACUUCAUGUCCUCUGCACAACAAGGACUCCGAAUAUUCUGGCUUCGAGGAGUUUGGAUUCUAAUGAAACGCUGUGGGAUGCUAGGGCAAUAGCGCCAGCUUUCAAUGAUCAGACGCCAGCGAAAAAGGCUCAAUGGUGUAACGCCUGGAAUCAAGAAGCUGGAUACUUUGCUCUUCUAGAAAAAAUCUUGGUCGAUGAACAAAACAGUGAUGAAGUCCAACGCCGUGUCUCCCUGUGGCAUUUGGAUGCUUCUUCGGCCAGUUGGACGAAACUCCCCUGUCAACACGACCUCCCGGAACAAGCAUCUAACAUCUCUUUCCGAAUAUCACCCGAUAGUACCGGAUACAUCCAUUGCGAUUUGUCGCCCAGAGAUACGAUUAUCCUGAAGGUGAAGCUCAGCGUCGCAUUGAACAAUGCUUCACGGGUACUAGCUGAAGCCGAAGCGGAUGAAUGGGUGGCGCUUGAACCUGCUGAAAACGGGGUAUCUGCAUCAACAUCGCGUGAACCCCUCGCGGAUUUGAUAUGUCCUAUCUGUUUGGAUACCUAUGAUGAUGCCAGGACGUUAAGCUGUGGCCAUUCUCUAUGCUGGGGGUGCGUAGAGCAGAUGCGACUUGUCGCAAAAAGCGAGACCGUAGCUUGUCCGGCUUGCAGGAAGCUUACGAAGAUUCCUGCCGGUGGCUUGCCAGUUAAUUAUGGAUUGAAAGAUGCUAUUACUACCUUAAAUCGCCUCGUUGACAUCCGAACCAAUGGCCUGAAAUGCGCAGAAUGCAAAGACAAAUUUGACGAGCAAAAACUAUGGACGUGCCUGACUUGUGUAAAAGAUGGAAACAAGAAGAAAAAUCGGGAAUCUAUGGUAUAUGUUGGAAAUGUGGACGCCAGUACUGGAGAUGAGGAUAGCUUCCAAGAACCGCCAAAGCAGGACGAAUUGCUUGAUCGCUUCAAAAAGACGUCGUACUGUGGUGCCUGCCUAUUGUACUUCCAUCGAGGACAUGACUACGAGGAAAUUUUGAAAUUACGGGAGCGAAAGAAACAUGCUGAUGAGUUGAAGCGGAAAUGGCUUUCAAAGGCUAGUCAUGAAAUUGCCGCGAUGAAAGCUACCAUAGCCACAAAGACGAAUAGUUUAUUGGACCAGGCGGUCCUAGCCAAUUUCCACGCAAAACUUGAAGAAAUUUGUGACGUCGCCUCGAACACGUCGGAUCGAAUUGAACAGCGAGGAGAACAAGCUGUCAAGAAGCUUGAAUCUAUCCACGAGAAGUUUGUGCAAGACUUUGAAGUCUGUGUGGAGGACUUUUUGGAAAAGUGCCUCGCAUCUAUGCAAACACCUGUGGAGUCAGCACAAUCUUCUCCAAUAUCCUCAAAAAGCAUUGAGACCCCGAUAAUGGAACCUGCGGUUGUAAAAACAUCUCCUAAAUACGAGCGAGUUUGCUACUUGGCGGACGAAGAGCCAUUCUCACGGGGCUCUGCUAGGAGUAGCGUUGGUUCUGGGUAUCUUACACCUGGCACUCCUCCACCACCACUGCCGCUCACACUUCCUCCAUUGGAUCAUGAACCAAUCAUCCGGAGGCCAACAAUUUUAUGCUCAAUCAGGGACCGUCCGGCGUCGCUCAUCAAUUUUUCUAUGAACACAUCUAAAACCUCACCCCUCAGCUCACCACUCAGAAACCCUACCACCCCAACAAGGCAAUCAGCCGCUGUCAGUCACUUC